GAUAUUAUAAAUUCUUUCUUCCUCAUAUUAUUGUAUCUGAUAGUAUAAAUCUACUCAUGUUUGUUGGAUUUCAUGUUUAUUUUUCAACUCUUUUAGUGUUUUAUCAUGAUGCACUGUGUUUGAUAAAUGAACUGGAAUUUGGAGUUCGAAUUGAAAUCUUGGUGUAUUAAAUCUUUUCAAACUGUAGAUACAGUUAAUACUCAUCAUGGAGCUAAAUUCUGUUAAAGAUGCUUUUGACCGAGUUACUAAGAAGCAAAAGUUAUCCAGUUCUAAGGCUCAAGAGUUGCUUGAUCAGAUCAGACAGGAAAUUGAACAUGCUUUAGAAUCGAUGCAGUCAGUCAGUAACACUGAUCAAUCGCGUGAUUGUAAAACUGUCCUGAAUGAGCUGAAGGCCAGUUUACUUAAAAUUGCUCCACUUGGCCAAAUGGAAAGUACACAAAAGGAGCUAAAUGUAGCACUCAACAAAUAUGGGAAGCAGGUUGAGAAAUGUUUCAACCCUGAUAUAUCCAAAGCUUACAGAAACAUCGACAUGGAUACGCGCACUUUAAAUCAAAUAAUUGCCAACCAUUUUUAUCGCCAGGGUCUUUUUGAUGUUGGGGACCAUUUUUUAAGUGCAGUUGGAGAACCUGAAUCUGCUGCAAUUAUGAAAUCUCCAUUCCUGGAAAUGUAUCAAAUACUCCAAGCCAUGCAGAAUCAGAACCUGGAGCCAGCACUCAACUGGGCCGCGACUAAUUCUGACAAACUUGCUCAAAGUGGAUCUGACAUUGUGUUGAAACUUCACUCGAUGCAAUUUGUAAAAAUACUUCAAAAUGGUGGAAGUAGAGAUGAAGCCCUUCAUUAUGCAAGAACUCACCUUUCUCCUUUUGCUAGCAGUCAUAUUGCUGAUGUCCAGAAGCUUAUGACUUGUCUUCUGUGGCCUGGAAAGCUUGAUAAGUCUCCAUACCAUGCAUUACUUUCCCCAUCUAACUGGGAUAAUUUGGCUGAGGAACUUAAAAGACAGUUCUGCAAUCUUUUGGGACAGUCAUACAACAGUCCAUUGAGUGUGACCGUAGCAGCUGGGGUCCAGGUUUUGCCAGCUCUCCUUAAAUUUAUGAAUGUCAUGGCAGGAAGGAAGCAGGAAUGGCAGUCUAAUAACCAAUUACCAGUGCCAAUUGAGAUCGAUGAGGAAUUCCAGUUUCAUUCUAUUUUUGUUUGCCCUGUCUCAAAGGAACAAGCAUCUGAGGAUAACCCUCCAAUGUUGAUGUCCUGUGGUCAUGUCCUCUGUAAGCAGUCUAUCUUGAAAAUGUCCAAGAAUAGCACAAAAGUGUUUAAGUGCCCAUAUUGUCCCUCUGAUAUCGAUGCAGCACAGUGCAGGCAAUUAUGUUUGUGAUUGCCAUGGAUUUGUAUCAAAAUCUCGUGUCAUCUGAAUUAUGUGGUUGUAAUAUAGGUGUACCUUUGUAUGGUGAAUGUAGAAGCCAAUGGCUACUUGUGAUGUCUGUAUGUUUAAUACAGUUGUAAAUAUACAUUCUUUUUAGUUUUGUUAUGACUUGUGUUCGUGAUUA